AGAAUAAUUAAGGAUAAGAUGGUGUUGUUUCUGUACAAUUUGAGAGCAUGCACUUGAAUGAAAGAAGAAACUGGGUUUUUUUUAAUGGCUUUUUGUGUCACAAACUCUGCAAUUUUCCAGACCUGGAUAUCAAAAUCAAAAUCAAAAUCAACCCCACGUAGCUUAUUUGGUUGGAAUUUUGGCAAGAAAAAUCCUGACAAUGAUCAAACUCCACAGCCUAACUAUUAUCACAACAUUGAUCUUCCCUUCUCUCUUUCUCUGGUGGACAAAACUUUCCUCCGAGGUAGAGACCUGAAGUGUUGCUACAAGGCCACCAUUGAUGGGUUCAGUGCAAGUGAUUUCCACAGCUGCUGUGAUUUCAAGGGACCAUGUGUGAUAAUCGGAUACACAAACAAGUCAUUCAAGUUUGGAGCUUUUAAUCCUGAAGGCUAUAGGAGCACUGAUGAUUAUUAUGAUACGUUUGAUGCCUUUCUCUUUUAUUGGAUAGAUAAUGAGGAAAUUGAUCCAUUCAUUCUACCAAAAGUUGGGGGCAGUGGUGCAGCCCUUUUUGAUUAUGCUCGAGGUGGGCCUCAGUUUGGGGCUGAUGGGUUGCUCAUUGGGCCCCCGCUUGCCCCAGUCAUGGGCGGGUUCGCCGGACCAGAUACCAAUUCCGGUGUUGGGGACCUCAGGCAAGGGAAGUCUAGAUUGGGCUUGUCAUAUGCCAAGAGAAAAGAUGGGAAGGAGUCUAUUUUUGGUGAUGAAUCCAGGGCUACUAUUGAUGAAGUGCUUGUUUUUUGUAGUCCUCAAAUUGCAAGCUUAUACUAAGUUUAGAUUAGUUUAUUGUUAUGAAGUAUAUGGUUUUGAUUGUAACAUGAAUAAUUAAAUUAUGCCGCAGGAGCCACUGAACUUGAAUAAUGCACUUCUUUUAGAACUUUCACUUUCAGUUCCAAUAGUGGAGCAUAUUUGCAUAAAGGGAGAGAUUUGUUAAACAAGGAAAUCAUUUAUAUAUUUGGUGGGGAAGACUGAGGAGCCAAAGGGGCAUUGAGAUAGGUUUAGGGGGGUGGGAGAGACUGAUUUUUACAGAGAAUAUCAGUUUGUGUUACAUGAAAAGUGAUUAUGGAUAAUUAGCUUUUCAGGAAAGCACUCUUUAAAGUUACAUUAGUGACACUCUUUUGUCAAGAUUCUCACCAAAGUAAAGAAUGGGCGGGGAACAGUUUGCAAGAACUUUUGCAGAUGGAAAUUGACAUAAUCUUAUUUUCAAAUGCAUAAUUGCCUCUUUUCGGUCGGCUCUUCCUCCAUUCAGUGAAUUCCUUUCUUGGCUCAUUUGUAAUCUGUAUAUAUUUUACUUCAACUGGAAUUAAUUAUAUGGGUGGAGUUUGGAUACAGUUGUAACU